AUGGCUACUCUCCAUCGUAUUCUUCGUUAUGUUCGUGGUACUAUUAAUCAUGGUUUACAACUUUACAAGUCCUCUAUUACUUCUCUUUCGUUUUAUACGGAUGUUGAUUGGGAUGGUUGUCUUGAUACUCGCUGCUCGACGUCCGGAUAUUGUGUCUUUAUGGGUGAUAACUUAGUCUCUUGGUCCUCUAAGCGUCAGCCUACAAUUUCUAAGUCUAGUGCUGAAGCUGAAUAUUGUGGGGUUGCUAAUAUUGUCUCCGAAACUUGUUGGAUUCGUAAUUUGCUUCUCGAGUUGCAUUAUCCUAUUCCCACUGCUAUUCUUGUGUACUGUGAUUAUGUUAGUGCAAUUUAUCUUUACGGCAAUCCGAUUGCGGAUAUUUUCCCCAAAGGCCUUUCUAAGAUUCUUUUUGAUGAAAUCCGUUCCAGUCUCAGUGUUCACGAGCCUUCCGAUUCGACUACAGGGGCGUAUUAG